AUGGAAUCGUCGUCAGCUUCGAACAAUGCCAAAGACACGUUAAAGGACGAUCCCGAGACAAGUGUAUCCGAAGAUAUGGAGGAAGAGCGUAAAAACUUUUUUAAAAUCAUUGCCGCCUUCAAGUACUACAGGCACAGCUCUAUGGCGGAACUUAAGCGAAAGGAAGCGUUUCUGAAGACGCUGCCACCAGCACACCAGAAGAUGCUGUCCAAUUACCAGGAGCACCUGCAAAACCUGAAACACUGCAUCGACGUGAAUGCGCAGGUUAUUAAGCAGAUCAUACAGGAUGCAAACUGUCUCUUCCAAAAUGCCGACCACAACAUCGAACCGGAGCUGCAACCAUCGGACGGUUUAAAGCUUCGUUAUCAGGACUUUCAAAAGGUACAAAUAACGAUGAAACAGAUAUUUCGCGACUGGAGCGAACAGGGCAAACUUGAGCGGGAUCAGUGCUACACUCCCAUAAUAGACGAGAUUACGACAUUUUUCGAUCCAGCCAAAUAUGACCUCUCAAAGGUGAAAAUACUGGUGCCCGGCGCAGGUCUAGGUCGUUUGAUUUAUGAGCUUGCCUGUCAGGGGUUCUACUGUGAAGGAAACGAAUUUUCUCUCUUCAUGCUGAUUGCAUCCAAUUUUGUGCUAAACAGAUGCGUUAUCGCAAAUCAAUGUACAAUCUAUCCUUGGGUGCACCAGUUUGUGAACAAUCUGUCGCAGCAGAACCAGCUCGUUCCGGUGACGUUUCCCGAUGUCAGCCCCAGGAAAUUUCCCCCAAAGGGAACGAUGAACAUGGUGGCGGGAGACUUUCUACAGGUAUACCGCGACGAGGAUUACUGGGAGUGUAUAGCGACGUGCUUUUUCAUCGACUGUGCUAACAACAUUAUCGAAUUUGUUGAGGUGAUUAAGAAAAUCUUGAAACCCGGAGGUAUUUGGGUAAAUCUAGGCCCACUGCUUUAUCACUUCUCGGAUGUGCCAGGUGAGGGUAGCAUCGAACCGACGUAUGAAGAUCUGCUGGAAAUCAUUCGCUCUCUUGGUUUCAUCAUUCUCAAAAAUGAAACGAAUGUUGUAACGACAUACUCUCAAAAUCCCAACUCUAUGCACCAAAGCCACUACAACAGUAUAUACUUGGUUUGCCAGAAGCCCGGCAAUUGA